AUGUGGUUUCUGGCUGCUCUGCUCCUCUUCCUCGUUCCAGGCUGCUCCACUGCUCAGGAUGCAAUCACAGGUCCAAACAUGGUAAAUGGUCAGGAGCAGAGCUCCUUGACUGUGCAGUGCCGUUAUGACUCCCACUGGAAGAAUUACAGGAAGUACUGGUGCCGAGGAGCUGUUUGGAAAACAUGUGAGAUUCUGGUUAAAACGUAUAUGGAGCAGUUGGUGAAGAAGGACCGAGUGUCUAUCAGGGAUGACCAGACAGACUUCAUCGUCACAGUGACCAUGGAGGAGCUGAGGAAAAGUGAUGCCGGCAUAUACUGGUGUGAGAUUGAAAGAUUUGGAUAUAAUCACAAAUUUAAAGUUAAUGUGAACAUUGACCCAGGUAAGAAAACAUUCCAGAACAUCUUAGGCCCAGCAUGGGUGAGAGGCCCAGAGAAGGGGUCAGUAACCAUUCAGUGCCGCUAUAGCUCCAGGUGGCAAGCCUACAACAAGUGGUGGUGUCGAGGAGCAAACUGGAAGACUUGCAGGGUCCUCAUUCGAACCACGGGAUCAGAGAAAGAAAGGACGAGUGGCCGGUUGUCCAUCAGGGACAACUGGAGAGAGAACUCGCUCCUGGUUACCAUGGAGAUGCUCAGGCAAAAUGACACAGACACUUACUGGUGUGGUAUUGAAAAAUUUGGAACUGACCGUGGGACCAGAGUUAAAGUGAUCGUUUACCCAGAGGGAAGAGAUACCAUGUCUUCCCAGCUAGACUCCUCUAUGCCCACUACGGAUAGCAACACACAUGUGAUUUCCUCUGACUUAUAUAAGAGGACACACUACAUACUCCUGGCAUUUCUGAAGGUGCCUGCCUUGGUCAUCUUGACUGGUGUUGUCCUCUGGCUGAAGAGGUCAACUCGGAAGGUCCCUGAGGAACAGUGGAGACACACUCUCAGCAGCAAUUCGGACUCUGAAAUUCUGGACAAAGACAUUGCCCCUUAGACUGGAGCAUAAGCAGAACCUUCCCAGUCUGGACUCUCGUUUCAGAAACAUCUUUAAGUCCUCAGUGGGUAGUGAGUGAGGCUGGUGCCCAGAGGGCUUGGCCAGGCAUGAUCUCCACUCUGCACACCAUGGGGACCCUGCUCAGUACCCCCUAGGUAUCAUCACACCUGCAGUACUAGAAUCUCGCUCCUCCUAUACAUCCUCAUCUGCCCUAUCCCCUCCACCCACCACGGUCAGCCCAGGGUGAAAACUGCCAGAAGGGAACCCAAGCUGCAGAAAGACAGCAGCGUGUCCCUUGACGAAAAAGCUUGUGCAGAGUCUAAGACUAAAGCACAGGGAAACAGAAGGGACCCAGUGGUGUGGCUAGUCUAUGUUAUGACUCUGUCACAGUGAACUCAGGGAGCAUGGAGCAGGCAUCCGUCCUCUGUCUGUCCUGGACACUGAGGCCACCCCUAGCAUGCACUUCUGAGGAACCUGACAGGCCCAGGGGCUGGAGUGAAGAGAACUCAGACAUCCAUGACUUUGCCACAGGAGCUGGGGCUGCAUUUCCCAGCAGAUGUGUUUGCUCCAGGGCCAGAAGCAGAAGGCCACACACCCUUAAAUAGAGCUGUAAGUGGCCUACACAGAUGCAUGGCAUGCUGGUUCUAACCAGAGGUUAGCCAGGGGAAAGUAACAGA